AUGAUCUCCGAACANNNCAAUGAUCUCCGAACAACGUUGGAUGCACGGAAAUCCCGGCGUAUCUCAACAGGUGACCCCGAUCCCAAAGAGCGCCCAAACGGUGACCUUCGAGAUAAACUCAACGCAAGAGCAUGCGAUCUUCGCAUCCGUCUCAAUCACUCAAAGCAAGUAAAAACGCGACAGCAACUAAAUGUCAUCAUUGGCGGUUCUCCUCCUUGCGGCAACUCUGUUCGCUCCAUCAAGGAUUACCGUCGACAGGUCGCGACUUCGCAGAGGUGGCCGACUAGACCGCCAAGUCACCCUCCGAUAACUUUUUCACCGGAUGACGCUGAGGGGAUUCACGUACCCCACAACGACCCUCUUCUUGUCAUCCUUGGAAUUGGGGAGUACGAUGUCACCAAGGUCCUCGUUGAUACAGGAAGCUCUGUCGACCUCAUCUUCCGAGAAACUCUGCAGAAGAUGGGAGUCGAUCUUGACGACAUAAAACCGUCCUCCAGAACAUUAACCGGCUUCAACGGAUCCUCCGAAACAAUACUGGGAACAAUCCGCCUUCCAGUACGCGCAUGUGGAGUCACUCGAACUGUCAAGUUUGCCGUUGCUAUUCCAUCUACUUAUGACCAGUGUGUCAAGUUCCCCGGUACAGACGGAAAAAUCAAAACAUUGCAAGGGGAUCAAAAAGUCGCUAGGGAACUCCUAGUCGCCACAGUCAAACUCCAACGAUCGUCUCUAUCGGUUAACUCUGUUUCUCCUCCAACCAAUAAAGUCUGCUCCCAGGAAGGCGAAGUUCUCGAGUUACCUAUUGACGAUACCGAUCCACGCCGGACCGCAAGGAUUGGUGCGUAUCUGUCUGAAGAUAUGCAACAGUCAGUUCUCAACUUUCUCAAGACGAAUGUGUCCACAUUCGCGUGGUCCAUGUCAGACAUGAAAGGAAUUGAUCCGGCUAUAACAACUCACGAACUAAACAUCGACCCGACAUUCAAGCCUAUCCGGCAGAAGCGACGCAAGCUCGGUCCCGACAGGUCAAAGGCUGUAAACGAAGAGGUUGACCGGUUACUCGGCGCUGGCUCAAUUGCUGAGGUGCGCUACCCCGAGUGGUUAGCAAAUCCAGUAGUCGUUAAGAAGAAGAACGGGAAGUGGCGCACGGCCUUUAUCACAGAUAGAGGAACCUACUGCUAUAAGGUCAUGCCAUUCGGUUUGAAGAACGCAGGAGCAACCUACCAAUGUCUUGUGAACAAAAUGUUCGCAGAUAAGCUGGCCGUCACCAUGGAAGUAUACAUCGAUGACAUGCUUGUCAAGUCGCUACACGCCGCUGAUCACCUCCAUCAUUUGCAAGAUUGCUUCGAAAAUUUCAACAAAUACGGCAUGAAACUGAACCCAGCAAAGUGUACGUUCGGGGUUUCCUCAGGCGAGUUCCUUGGGUACAUAGUCACGCAGCGGGGGAUCGAAGCCAACCCGAAGCAGAUAUCCGCGGUCCUGAACCUCCCAAGCCCAAAAAAUAGUAGAGAAGCAUGA